UUAUUCACCAAGGUAUAUGGGGUGUUACACAUUACCUAUCAUUCAAGCUCAAAUUCCCCAUUCUGGAGCUACUAGUGGCAUUGCUAAAGGAGUACGGUUCGGACUAACGCAGCUCAUCACAAAUGCUGUUUGGUUAGUGGGAAGAAGUGGUAAGGAGAAAGGGUGGUUCUACUUCCCACCUCGGGUAGCUGAAGGUGGGAGUAGGAACUUGUUCACGUCAGGUCCUUUUUCUAUUAAAGGGUGGAAGGACAAGUUCUUCUUUGUUGAUGAGACAAAGUGGGGGAGGAGGGAUGGAGAAGUAGAGGAACUCAACAGGUGGAAGGGGAAAAAGGCGAACCCAAUUAAGUACCAGCUAAGGGAAGGGGAAAGGACGAAGUGGAAAGAUUGGAGAGGAGUGGGGAAAAGGUCUGAUGGCAAUUUUAACUACGUUUUGCUUUGCAAAAGAAAUCAACUGAUUGAGGUUGGAGAUCUAGCUCUGCGAGAGGUUGGAAUUGUUACACAUAGGAAGGGGAAAAGCUUUGUUCCUUUUUUGAGGCAGAAGUCCAGCUUCUUUAACUCUGGCAAGACCAUUGCGAAGCGUUUCAUCGACUCCACCUUCCUAGAGGUGGAUCUGCAAAAGGCUAAUGAAGAGCUGAACACCAUUGGAGGAGCUAGUGUGAUUCGGCAUGCUUUGGAGGUAAAAGCUUGGGAUUGCAUUUUGGAGGAGUUGGCCAUUGCCAAAAAGGCUGCUGAGUUGGAGGAGAAAAAGAGGAAGAAAUGUGAAGAAAAGCUAGCCACAAGGGAGAACAAGCUAGCCGACAUGAAGAAGAAGGUUGUGUUGGCUAUCCACAACGCGAAAGUGAAGGCCCAGAACUCUGAGGUGGAUGUGACUAAUAUCACGUUUGGUUCUAAGGAGGCAAGAGUGAAGGAGAAUGGGGAUAAUAAAGCAGCCGAGUUUCGACCUGAAAUAACACUGAAGUUGGAACGAGACGAAGCUAGGAAGACUAUCCUUCCACUGAAGCUAGAGUUUGAGUUCGUGGCGGUUGAUGAAAAGGAAGCUGAGGUGCCCAAAGAUGCCGAGGUGGUGGAUAACACACAAAAUGAAGAAGUGGACCAGCAGCACCAAGUAAUUAACUAAGCUCGAACAGCUCAUUUUCAGUUUUUCGUAAUUAUAAAGUGAAAACAUUUGUAAUGUACUUUGAAUCAACACAUUUUUAAUUUGAAAAAUUGGUUUCGUUUUUAUGUUUUUAAUAUUGGAAUAUAUGGCCUCUUACUUUAGAAGUAAAACUGAAACUGAAGU